AUGUUGAUCACCAGUGCUCUUCGAAUCUCACAAGAAUAUUGUGCUUUUAUGAAAAGACUUUCUGGAACACAGUAUAACGUACACAUGGCUGCUAGUUAUUGGAAAAGUUCACAGUUUCAGCAAUGGUUAUUUGUUCGUCAAGAAUUAAUGUCUGUACGUUUACGUGAUUUACAGCUGUGUUCAAUAACCGAAGACGAUUAUUUAAAAUUAAUGAUAUUUUAUUCAAAUUUUAUUCAAACAAUUGGUGAACAAAUGAAAGUUAGACAGCAAGUCAUUGCAACAGCUAUUGUCUAUUUUAAACGAUUUUAUGCCAGAUAUUCAUUAAAGUCCAUUGAUCCUAUUCUAUUGGCACCAACAUGUCUGUUCUUAGCAUCAAAAGUUGAAGAAUUUAGUACAUUAUCAAAUAACAGAAUUAUGGGAGGUGUUCAAACAGCAUUUAAAAAAUAUUAUCGUCUAUUAGCCACACAUCAACAACAAGGUAUUGGACAAAAUCAAUCUCAACAACAACAACUUGGUGAUUAUCCGUAUCAAUCUAAGCACAUUUUAGAAUGUGAAUUUUAUCUAUUAGAAAUAAUGGAUUGUUGUUUAAUUGUUUAUCAUCCCUAUCGUUCAUUAGAUAUGUAUUCAAAAGAAUUACAAUUAGAUGAUAUUAUUUUUCAAACAACAUGGCGUAUGAUAAAUGAUACAUUAAAAACGGAUGUUUGUCUAUUGUAUCCACCAUACAUUAUUACAUUAGCUUGUCUAUUUCUCUCAUGUCAUUAUUGUAAGAAAUUAGAUUUAUGUAAACAAUAUUUAGUUGAUCAAGGUAAUAAUAUUGAUUUAGAACAAUUAUAUGAUGUUAUUAAACAUUUAUUAAAACUAUAUGAACUUUUAAAAUCGUAUGAUGAAACAGUUGAUGGUAAACAAUUAAAAGAUUUACUUGACAAGAUACCAAAACCAAAAUUACCAUCAACAAGUCGACCAUCAUCACAACCAAAUGAACAACAAUUACAAAUGGUUAUGCAACAAGGAGGACAAUCUCAACAACAAGCAAAUAGUAAUCAUACAAAUUCAAAUAUCUAA